CUACAUUUUAGUUAGUUAUCGACAUUUGUUUCAUUACGAACCAUUAACUUUUAGUUUAUUAAUUCGAAAUAUUUUUUUUUUUGUUCAAUUAAUUAUGGAAAUUAAAUGGCAAUUUUUCAUUCUUGCAAUAAUUUUAACUGUGUCAAGUGUCAGUGCUAAAGGAAAUUGCAAAGUGUGUGAUAGCACUACUGAUGAUAAGUGUCAAACUGAACCUGCGUCAUUGGAGGACAAACCAUGCGAAGCCGAGAAUUGUUUUACUUUAGUCGACAACAAUGGUAAAAUAAAGCGUGGUUGCGUAAGUGAAACUGAUACAUGUGAUGGAAAGAAUUGCAAAACUUGUACUGCAAACGAUACGUCAUGUAAUACUCAAACGGAUCUAUUUUGGUGUAAGUUAUGUGACUCAUCCAGUGCCACUGAUUGCGCUUUUUGGCAAAGUGAAAGCUCCAUCCCACAUGAAAUCUGUGCUGCCGGUGUUACCAAAUGCGUAAUGGAAAUCAAGGACGACAAACACACUUAUCGCCGUUGUGCGAGCAAAAGUGACGAAGCUUGUGAGAGUGGCAAGAAAUGUGACAUUUGUAGCAGUGAUAAAGGUUGCAACAAGGGCAUCUUCCCAAACAAUCGCCUCAAAUGCUACCAGUGCAAUUCUGAUAAAGAUUCGAAAUGUGCAACUCCCACAAAAUAUACCACGGAUAUCAAAUCGUUCCCCUGCCUUUUCUACAAUGAGUCAGAUAAGUGCUUCGAACACGGAUCUUCGGAUACGAAUAUGGUAAGGGGCUGUCUCUCAGAUACAACUGCCUAUGAAAAGUGUUCGUCCGAGAGUCCCAAAGACAAGUGCAAAGAAUGCACAGCUGACAAUUGUAAUGUUGACGAAUACAAAAUAGAAGCAACUUCAAAGUGCAUACAAUGUAAGAGCGAAAAAGAUGCUAAGUGCGUCGGAGCACACACAGCCGAUUUGGCUGAGAAAUGCGUCUCUAAAAUUGAAUAUUGGAAGUCCCAGGACUGUUAUAUUAACAAAAUUGAUGGAAAAGUUGACAGAGGCUGCAUUCAAGACUUCGAUUGUUCUUCCGCAUCAACUUGCACUUCAUGCACCAAUAAUGGCACUGUUUGUAACAUCGCUGAUCAGACUAAAACCAGUUGCUAUAAGUGUCGCAGUGAUGUUAAUGCAAAAUGUGCACUCCCCUUAGUGGAUGACAGUUUCAAGUCUGAACAGUGCCGAAAUCAGAUAAACAUUGAUGGUGGUGAGCAGUGUUAUAUUGAAAAAUGGAACGAUAUUAUCAUAAGAAGCUGUCUUUCUGACGCCGAUGCAAAAUCAAAGAAAAAUUGCUUAGAUUCUACGUACAAAUUUUGUAACAGUUGUAAAGGAGACAAUUGUAAUUCAGGAGCGGUUCCAGAUUCAGCGCAGAGUAUUGUUUUGGCAUCAAGUGGAUUAUUUGCUUUAACUUUGAUUGUCUUGAAAUUCUUUUGAGAUUUUUUAACUCUUUGUUUUUGAAUAAUGACAUUUUAAGAACCAUAUUUUUGUUUACCUGUAUCUGCAUAUGUAUUUAAAUUUUAUACCAAUAAAGUAUCAUAAAAGUUA